CUUCUCAGAGAAGAGAAGAUAAUUUGAAGAGACCAGAGAUGCCUUGGCCGAGCAGAAAGAGAGACAAAGGAGCAGUAGCAGAUAAAAAAGAGCCUGAUGCUAAAAUUGCCAAAACUGAGGAGGAGACUUCAGAUAAGGAGGAAGAAGAAAAGUCUGCAAAACCUCCAGCUGGGGGUUCCAAGUCAGGAUGGAAGAAUUGGAAGAAGACAAAAGAAUCUGACUCCGGUGGGGAAGAAAGCAAGAUAACAUACUGUCACUGGCUGCUGAAAUCAGAACCAGAGAGCAGGCUGGAGAAGGGGGUGGAUGUGAAAUUCAGCAUUGAUGACUUGAAAGCUCAGCCCAAUCAGACAACCUGUUGGGAUGGAGUAAGAAACUACCAGGCAAGGAAUUUCCUGAGAUCCAUGAAGCUUGGGCAGCAGGCCUUCUUCUACCACAGUAACUGUAAGGAGCCUGGCAUUGUGGCCCUUGUCAAGGUUGUAAAGGAGGCAUACCCUGAUCACACACAGUUUGACCAGAAGGAUCCUCAUUAUGACUCCACCAGCAGAAAAGAGAACCCCAAAUGGUCCAUGGUGGACGUCCAGUUUGUGCGGAUGACGAAGCGUUUCAUCCCCCUGUCUGAGAUCAAGGCUCACCACCUGGCACACAAAGCAGAUGGAGGGCCCCUGAAGAACAUGAUGCUCUUCACAAGGCAACGUCUUUCCAUCCAACCACUGACACAAGAGGAAUUUGAUUUUGUCUUGAGCCUGGAAGAGGAAAAACCACAUUAAGGAACUGACAGCAGCACAGCUUCACCCAGCCCUCUGAUGCCUCCUCCUCAGCCAGCUCAGUUCUCAAGUUUACCUGCUCAGUGCCAGCCCCAUGAACACACCCGCACACGAGGCACAGCUACACGUCCCUUGUCCUGACACACUGUUACCUUUGCUUAUUUUUAAACAAAUAAAGCCUUUUGGAAUCUA